CGAACAGAUACAAUCGUGUUUUACUCCGUUUUUCUUCUUCGAUACCUCUCUCGUCAAUUAUCCUAAGAGUUUCAGUAUUUCAUUUUUGCGUGAAAAUGUAUGAGCUGUUGUGUAGUGAUGGGGACGUGACCGUUUUGGAUUAAGGAUUCCACAGUGAUCUAUGGAAUUGGACGCCCGAGGUUCGAUUAUAAUCAAUAGUUGUAUUGGGGUGAAAGCAUCCUCGAGCCGUGGAUAACAGAGAACGAUGGCGAGACAACAAACAGCCGAUCGAAACAUCCCUCAUCUGCGGGAUAUCUUCGGGUUCGGCAGCAAAUGGGAGAACACGCGUAUCCAGGCCGAGGAGAAGGCGCCAGGCCACGACAGCGCUGUGUCCGUCGGCUCGACCUCUGGCGAGGAAGAGAGUCCUAAAAACAGCAAGAAAAAGAAGUCACGUCGUCGCGACAAUAGUAAAACUCUAACGGAAAGCGACGUGAAACAUUUGGAAAGACACCUAUCCAUGAAGAAGACCAUCCGUAAGAAGAUCAUGCGCGAUUUACAGCAGGCGUUCGUCGAGGACCCGAACGAGUUUCGAGUGGACGACAUACCCCCGGAACAGCUCAAGGCAGAAAUCAAUAUUCAGAGCCUGAGCUUCGGUACACCCUCGCAGAAACAGGGACACACGCGUGGCAACGCGGAGAACACUUUUCUGGACAUGUUACGCGCCGGAGGUGGUGGAUUGGAAAAGAAUGCAACAGACGGAGACAGGGAUUCCGGACAUGGUGGCUCGCCGACGAGGGAGACACCAAAUGCGCAAGACACCGACGAAGAAUCUAGCUACCCUUACGAUACGCCGGUUGCAACGCCGUCAAAGAAGAGCGGUAACUUCUGGAGACGUUUCACCAUGAAGAAUCGCAACAAACGGUAAACUACUCGGCCAAUAACUCUCGACGUACCGAAUACCCGUUUCCAUAUUCUCUAACUGUACCAACUUAGUUAUUCGAGCAGAGCUUGCAACUGUGAUAUACAUAAAACAAGAAACCAAGUUGUCCCGCGUGAAAAAAGCACACUUCCCGAUUUUUUUUUUUUACCGAUUCCAAGGAGUUUCCGGGCUCAUUUAAAAAAGAACAAGGACCAACGAUAAAAUACAAAACCAAAUUUUUGUAUAAAACAAGGGAAUGUUUAACGAUCGGAAGUGACAUUCAUGGAGUGCCUUUUUCAUCUCGCGUUAACAUAUCACGGCGAUAUUUUUAGAGUUCUUUUGAAGGAUGUUUUUUUUAGAAUUCUUUUGGAUUCUUACCUGGGGAAAUUUUCCGAUAAAAAUAUUUGUAAAUAAUACCGCGCGACAUCAUGGAAACUCCUUCGAGAUGUUGCGGUCUCACAAUGUUAAAUGGAACUUUUGGUGUGUACUUAAGUAAUAACUAAGGAACGCAGCGAAAUACUUAGACUGUAAGUGUAGUUAGUUUGAUUUUCCUCUUUUCUUUUGUAAUUUUAAUGAUAAGAACGAGAAAAACCAGGUGGAGUACGGUAGUCACGUGAAACAUUAAAUAUGCACAGCUAUUUCAUCAUACCUGUACAUUAUUAGUAUUAGCUAGUCAACCGAGCAGAUUUUACAGAAGAUACGAAAACUAAAUAAUAAUAAUGAAUUUGAUAAGAAAAACGAUAUUUUCGCGCGAUUCUUUGCAAUUUGAUAUUGCUCCUUUUCUGCAAAUUUGAUGCGUUAUCUACUAGCAGACGAAACACGAUUAUACAGUCAAACUUCGGUUCACGAACUUAAUUUAUUCCUAAAGAUUCUUCGUAAACCGGAAUUAUUUAAGGAUAAGAAAUUCAUGUAAAACGAAUUAAUCAGUUCUUCGGUCCUUAAUGAUUACUUAUUUAAACUUUGAUAACACUUUGUAUGCAAGUUCUUAACAUAAAAUCAAUGGAAACCAUUAAAUCUAUCACGAAAAAGAUAAACAAAUCAAAUAUACAGACAAAACUUAAUCUAGUUUUAUCGUACCUGUAUGGAGGAGAAGUGACAGCGGAAGUGGAAGAUGGUGAGGAAGUGAAAAGUUUGUUUUAUUAUCUGGAAGAGGAUUCCUAUGAUUUUUCUGUCUCUUGGCACCACUCGACUCUGUUUCAGACCCACUGGAUCGAAUCGGGAUAUUUUAACCUGAAUUAUUCUUCUCGAAUUAUUCAGGAUCCGAGGUUUAACUGUAUAUUUAAACAUAAAUUAUUUAAACAAUUCUCUUUGGCACUUUAACAUAAGAAAUCACAAAUGUAAACGAGAAUAAUAUUUUGUACCCUAAAGUGGUUUUCGAUUUUGCGAGUGCGACGUAUUUGAUAAAAAUGUAUCCAAAAAUCAUGGUGAUAUCAGGAUACUGCGUAUUAUAAAGGUUGAUAUUUAUUAUGCACGACAUCGGUGUGAAAUUCCAUUGUUCCUAUCGUUCGAAGGCGUCUCGUAGUUUCAGGAUAAACAGCAUCCAUGCUUUAAGAAAACUCAAUCACCGUAUUACUAUUAACAAUAAUCAUUUACCUGAUGUAUCAACUGCAAUG